AUGACGAUAUAUUUACCUGGAGAUGUCAUCGAUGUUCCCUCGUCAAGUGAAACCAAUAUGAUUGGCUACGGAAUGAAUGUGUUGAAUGAAAAAGUGUUGGCCUCGCAGCCCGGCGUUUUGCGAACACAUGAGAAUAAGGUUUGGCUGAAUGUGCAUAGCAGGAGGUUUGUUAUUCAAAACAAUAACCUUCAAUGUUUAUUUUUUCGAAAAAUUUAGGUACAUUCCAAGUGAAGGUGAUCGAGUGAUUGCAAUUGUCACAGCGAAAGCUGGCGAUUUUUUCCGAUUAGAUAUUGGGACAGCGGAAUUUGCCACAAUAAAUUUCACAAACUUCGAAGGGGCGACAAAGCGAAAUCGUCCGAACUUGAAGACUGGUGAUAUUAUCUACGCUACAGUUUUUGAUACUUCUCCAAACACUGAAGCUGAAUUAACAUGUGUUGAUGAUGAAAAACGAGCAAGAGGAAUGGGACAAUUGAAUGAUGGUUUUCUUUUCAAUGUUUCCCUAAAUCACGCGCGUCGAUUGAUAAAUCCAUCUUGCAAAAUAUUGCAAACCAUCGGACAAUUCUUUAAAUUCGAAAUCACUGUUGGAAUGAACGGUCGGAUUUGGAUAAAUGCUUCGAGUUGCGAGGAAAUCAUCAAAAUUCAAAAUAUUAUUCAAAAAUCCGAAUUUUUAGUGGAUAUUGAUGAUAUAAUCAAACUUGUUCAAGAGUUCUACACAAAAUCUUUUUAAUUUUUCCCUUUUUAAAAUUAUUUACUCAUAUUUCAUUGUUAUACCUUUAUUGUUCUUUGUUGUUUCAAAAAAAAAUAUAUCAAAAUUAAGGAUUCAUAAAAUUUUAUGGUCCGAAAAACCCUUUUUGUUGUUGUAAAAGUGUUUGAAACACUGAAACAUAUCUGAUAAUUAUUUUAGUGAUUAAAAAUUAAUAAUCAAUUAAUUGACAGAAUGGGUGAGGGCUUGGUUGAACAACGUCAGGCGGAAGACAAAGCGGCAUGGGACGCGUAUUGGAAAGUUCGCGAUUUGGACUCGCGCGGAGCUAUUUAUCCGAGAUUCAGAUAUUAUGCUCAAAAGGCUUUUGAUGCGCCGGCCACCUGGUUUAGAGGUAAGUUAGGCUAUGACGUGUAAUUCAAAUGUUUUGUCCCAAAAAUUUUGUAAUCGAGAAAAAACUAAUUUUUAAAUAUUUUCGACUUUACAGGUUAAAUUUAAUCAAAAUAUAUUUUCAGAGCAAAAAUUUCUUUAACAAAUUGCUAAAAUUUAUCGUGAAAGCGAAAUUUGUACUCUCAAAACCCCUCUAAAUUUGCAGAAACCUUCGUCGAGCCACUCAACAACAAAAACCGUCUUCCCUACUAUCAUCGCCAAUUGAAUCGUGUUCCAGAAAUUGACGAAUGUGGAGUCAAUGACAAAGCCUGUUUCUAUGAGGCAAAUGAACAAUAUCGUUUGGAUAAAAUGGUUGACGGAUUCAUUCUUCAGGUAAUUUUUUGGGUUUAAUUUUGUGAAAACAACUAUAUAAUAAUAUCGCAAGGAAAGGCAUAUUUUAUAUGAAAUUUUUGAAACAGUAAAUUUUCAGGAAGUUGAAAUAUCGCUAAUUUUAUUGAAAAUGUCAGAUUUUCAUAAAAAAUUAUUGGAUUAAAUGCAAAUUGCAGAGAAAAUAUAAGUUUUGAUUUUGAAACAUCAAUUUUCUGAUUUGAGACAAUUGAGAAAAAUAAAAUUUUCAAAGCUGUAAAAUUUCACAAACACACAUCGGCCAAGCCGUGGCUGGCCAGAGUACAAUUUUUUGAAAAAUCUGAAUUUCAGUUUUUAGAGGUCAAAAAUUGAAAAAUCACAAUUUUUAGAGGACAAAAACUGAAAAAUUCACAAUUUGUGUACCGUAAAAAGUUAGCGUAUAAUUUUUAUUGUGGAAACCACGAUUUUGGCCGAGGUGUGUUCACAAAUUUUCAAAAAAAAAAAUUCCAAAACAGUUUUUUUUUGUAGAUUGAAAUUAAUUGAGUCAACAAUUCCCUUUAAAAAUAUAAUUUUUCAAUCAAAUUUUUGAAACAGUAAUUUUUAUUGAGCUGUGAAAUUGAACUUUCAAAAUUUUAUUUUUUUCAUAUAAUAAUUUUGAAACAGUGAACUUUUUUUUUUUUGAAGAAAAAAUUACAUUUUUCCUUCAACAAUUGCAUUAAAAUCUUAAAUUUACUCCAAAAAAACCGAAAUCGUGAUUUCUUUGUUCUAAAGUAAAAUUUCUAAUGAAAUUUUUGAAACAGAAAUUUUUUUGAAAUUUAAAAAUUGUAUUUUUUCAUCAAAUAAUUUUGAAACAGUCAACUUUUUUAGUGCGAAAAAUCCUAUAAUUUUCUUCAGAUUCUCCGUCAAAGAGUUGAUAGAUGUAUGUUAUACAACAAUCCCGAUCAUUCGCCAUGCGUCAAACAAAUCGAAGAAAUGGAAGAAAAUGAGCUGAACUUCUUCGUAAAAUACGGUGAAUUGGGAGGAGAAUCGGAUGUUCGUGAUGCUUAUAUGAAACAAAAACAUCGCCAAAUUUGGGAACGAAGACAUCCAGAAAUAAUGGAGGAAAGAGCCGCCAAAUUGGCGGAGCACAAAGAGCAAUUGGCGAAUGGACAAUUCGAUUAUUCGUUCUGGAAAAAGGGAAUGUUCUAUCAAGAUAAGAAGAAUUAUGAGCCGCCAUAUGAGUUCCAAUUGUCGAAAUCGCCAUUGGAAGGUGAUAAACCAUUGUCGAAGGAUUGGCAAUAUUAUAAGAAUGUGAGUGUUGCACAUUUUGUAUUUUCACCAAUUUUUUCCAAUCAAAAUUUGGAAAAUUUCAACUCAAAAAAUUGUGAAUUUUUGUGAUUUCACGAAAUUUCACAGAAAAUGAUCAAACUUUUUAAACCGGAAACACAAUCCCUAGAGUUAUCAAAAAAAAAUUGACCAAGAAACAUAAACGCAAAAUUUGAAACAGUAAAUUUUUUUUUGAACAUUUUUUUUAAUAUGAGAAAUUUUAUCAAAACGUGGAUUUCUAAAAAAAAUAUUACAAUUUGAAAAAUUCUGAUUUUUUUAAAUUCAAAAUUUAUCUACUGCUGAAUAAACGGAAAUUUCCCAAAAAAAUUGAAAGCAACAUUUGAAACAGUAGAUUUUUUAGCAAAAACAUAUUUGUUUUUUCUGUAAUAAAUAUCAAAAAGGAACUUAAAAUCAAUAAUUUAUCUAUGAAAAGAUACUAAAAUAAACACAAAAUUUGAAACAGUAAAUUUUCAACAUCAACAACAAACUGCGAAUUUUUGUGGUUUCACUAAAUUUCACAGAAAAUGAUGAAAGAUAUUGAUUUUUGGCAUACCGACCAAAUCAGGGCGAAUUUAUCAAACUGGAUUAAUAUCCUUCACAAUAUCAAAAAAAAAAAAUUUAUCGAAAAAAAUAAACGCAAAAUUUGAAAUAGUAAAUUUUUUUUGUUGAAAAAGUUUAUUAAAAAUAUGAGAAAUUCUGUCAAAACGUGGAUUUCUAAAAUAAUUAUUACAAUUUGAAAAAUUCUGAUUUUUUAAAUUCAAAUUUAGUUUUCCGUUGCAUAAACGGAAAUUUCCAAAAAAAAAAAAAAAACAUUGAAAGCAAAAUUUGAAACAGUAGAUUUUUCAGCAAAAAAUUAUUGUUUUUUUCUGGAAUAAAUUUCAAAAAGGAUCUUAAUAUCAAUAACUUGUCUAUGAAAAAUUACCAAAAAAACACAAAAUUUGAAGCAGUAAAUUUUCGAGCAACAAAAACCCCCAUAUCCAUUUUUUGCAGGUCGCCCAAGAUCCCGAAUUCGACAAAGAACAAGGCAAAAAAUCGGAUUUCCGCCUCUUCUAA